AUGGCGGACAAAACUGAGAAAGAGGAUUCUGCUGUAAGCGAAAAGAAGGAAACUAAUAAGAAAGAUGAAAAGGAAAAGGAAACUGAAAUGUCUGAAGAAGAUAAACAGUUGCAGGAAGAAUUGAACAUGUUAGUGGAGCGUCUCAAGGAAAGUGACCAAAAAUUAUACAAGCCUGCCCUGGAAAGUCUGCGUUCACAGAUAAGAGCUUCUACCACAUCAAUGACAUCAGUGCCAAAACCUCUCAAGUUUCUUCGGCCCCACUAUGAUUCAAUUAAGGAGGUCUAUGAAAAGAUUAUUGAUACAGAAACAAAGUGCUUUUGUGCAGAUAUUAUUUCUGUCCUUGGUAUGACGAUGAGUGAUGGCCGAGAAAGUUUGAAGUACCGCCUCCUUGGCUCAAAGGAAGAGAUUGGAUCCUGGGGUCAUGAAUAUGUCAGACAUUUAGCAGGCCAGGUAGCACUGGAGUGGCAGGACACUGAUGAGGCAAACAGCUCAAUGAAGGACUCCUUACUGACAAUGACAAAGGAGGUGGUACCUUACCAUAUGGCCCACAAUGCAGAGGCUGAAGCCUGUGAUCUUCUCAUGGAAAUUGAACGACUUGACAUCCUGCAUAAUUAUGUAGAUGAGAAUGCUUACCCUCGAGUUUGUCUCUAUCUCAUAAGUUGUGUGCCAUAUGUCCCUGACCCAGAGAACCUUACUUUGCUGAAGACUGCAGUGGAUUUAUACAGGAAGUUCAAACAGUACCCACAGGCAUUGCGCUGUGCUAUGCAGCUCAAUGAUAUGAAGCUGAUUGAAGAGAUUUUCCUGUCCUGUAAAGACAUGAUGAUGCAAAAGCAGCUUGCUUACAUGUUGGGGAGACAGCAGAUAUAUCUAGAGCUUGGUGAUGAUGUGGAGGAGUUUGAUGAGAUGACCGAGAUCAUGUCCAAUGCCCAUCUCAACAACAAUUUCCUUGCAUUGGCCAGAGAGUUGGAUAUCAUGGAACCCAAAGUGCCAGAGGACAUCUAUAAGUCACAUUUAGAACAAAGUCGUAGCACCAUAGGUCCCAGUAAUGUAGACUCUGCAAGGCAAAAUUUGGCUUCGUCAUUUGUAAAUGGAUUUGUGAAUGCAGCAUUUGGCCAGGACAAACUGUUGAUGGAGGAUGGAAAUAAGUGGCUGUAUAAAAACAAGGAGCAUGGUAUGUUAAGUGCCACAGCAUCCUUAGGUCUUAUCCUGUUGUGGGAUGUGGAUGGUGGUCUCACACAAAUAGACAAAUACUUGUACUCUUCUGAGGACUUCAUCAAGGCGGGGGCUCUCCUGGCUUGUGGUAUUGUUAACUCUGGUGUGAGGAAUGAAUGUGACCCUGCACUCGCCCUUCUGUCUGACUAUGUCAUGCACACAACAGCAAUCAUGAGGAUUGGUGCCAUUGUUGGCCUUGGUUUAGCAUAUGCAGGUUCUAACAGAGAAGAUGUGUUAACACUGAUAUUGCCAGUACUUGGUGAUAGCAAAGCUGCUAUGGAGGUUGUAGGGAUGGCAGCUUUGGCAUGUGGUAUGAUAUCUGUUGGAAGCUGUAAUGGGGAUGUUACCUCCACAAUCAUACAGACCAUGAUGGAAAGGUCUGAGGCAGAUCUGAAGGACACAUACUCAAGAUUUCUGGCCCUUGGACUUGCUCUGACAUAUCUAGGUAAACAGGAUGCGGUAGAAGCUACCCUAGUGGCUCUAGAAGUGAUUGCAGAGCCUCUCAAGUCAAUGGCUCGUAUGCUGGUUGACGUGUGUGCCUAUGCUGGCACUGGGAAUGUAUUAAAGAUCCAGCAUUUACUGCAUAUCUGCUCUGAACACGACGACUCCAAAGAUCAGGAAAAUAAUGAAAAGAAAGAUGACAAGAAGAAAAAAGAUAGUAAAGAAAAAGAAAAGGAAAAAGAAAAGGAAAAAGAAGCCACAAAUGCAGACCUCUCUUCACAACAAGGAAUUGCAGUGUUAGGUGUAGGGCUGAUAGCUAUGGGAGAAGAAAUUGGUUCAGAAAUGUCUUUCAGAGCUUUUGGACAUUUACUGCGUUAUGGUGAACCUGCGAUAAAACGAGCAGUACCACUUGCCUUGGGUCUGAUAUCUGUGUCGAACCCAAAAUUAAACAUUCUGGACACUCUGAGCAAGUUCUCCCAUGAUAAUGACACAGAAGUUGCUCACAAUGCUAUUUUGUCCAUGGGCCUGGUUGGAGCAGGAACAAAUAAUGCACGUCUAGCUGCAAUGUUACGACAGUUAGCUGUGUACCAUGCCAAGGACCCAAAUAACUUGUUCAUGGUUCGGCUAGCACAGGGACUUGCUCACUUGGGCAAGGGUACACUCACCCUUUGUCCCUACCACAGUGACCGUACCCUUAUGUCACCUGUCGCAGUCGCAGGGCUUAUGUCUGUCCUUGUUGCCUGUCUCGAUGUAAAAAAUCUCAUCCUAGGUAAAUCUCAUUACAUCUUGUACCACCUUGUGUCAGCGAUGCAACCACGUAUGUUAACUACCUUUGACGAAGAACUGCGACCACUUCCUGUUCCUGUGAGAGUUGGACAGGCUGUUGAUGUGGUCGGACAAGCAGGUAAACCUAAAACCAUCACAGGAUUCCAAACACACACUACACCUGUACUUUUGGCCUAUGGAGAGCGGGCAGAACUCGCCACAGAGGAAUACCUGCCACUGAGUCCACUUAUGGAAGGCUUUGUGAUAUUAAGGAAGAAUCCAGACUACCAGGAUUGAUGACCUGUUGGCUAGAUUGUAAUCUGCUUGACAUGGUGUGACCAACAGAUUUAGAGACACUUUCCUAUUAUCAUAAUCUCUACAGUUUAAGUACAGACUCUGACAAAAAUAUGGAUUUCGGCUAUUCCUUGUUUUAAUGAAAUAAGGGAUGCCUGUUUAUUUGACUGGUUGUUGGAACAAAUGUAACUUUAAACAUUUCAAAAAGUGCUUGGAGUAAAAUCAGUUACUGUUGAGGCAUUAUAAUAUAAACCAUGUAACUGUAUUAGUACUACAGGAAUGAUGGUAAAGUGACUACUGCUUAUUGUUAAAUGCCUGUAUCUGUGAAUCCACUGCAAAAAUCAUUUUAUUAGUUGCCCAGAAUGUAACAAGAUCUUACAGAAAUCAUGUUAUGUUGACCAGGAUUUAGGAACCUUAUACUGAUAAUGUUUAGGAAUUAUACAUUAUUUAAUAUCUACUUACUGAUUAUAGAAAUGUUCCGGUGUUGCAUCUUGGAUUUAUUUGACAUCAGUAUUUCUAGAAAUCUUUCAGCAUAGUGCUACAUUGUAAUACUGAUAUACAACAUAGAUUGAUGUUUUCUAAUGUUCAAACAAGGUGUUAUAAAACGAAAUCUUUGAGAAGAGUUCUUGGUAUGGAUGUAAAUGAUUGUGAGUUAUGCAUUUAGUGUGUAAGUUGCUAUGUUAGGAUAUGAAUGGCACAAUUGUAUGGUUGACAAAGAUUCACAGUUUUGAUAGAAAAACAAAUUAAAGCCGUGAAAUAUCAUAA